AUGAAACUCCUGGCUCUGCUGCUGCUGAUCGGAGCUGCUGUUUUUGCAGCAACAGCUGCAACAGCUGCAACAGCGGCAACCCCUGCAACAGCUGCAUUGAAUUUUGCUGCAACAGCGGCAACACCUGCAACAGCGGCAACCCCUGCAACAGCUGCAUUGAAUUUUGCUGCAACAGCGGCAACCCCUGCAACAGCGGCAACCCCUGCAACAGCUGCAUUUAAUUUUGCCGCAACAGCGGCAACCCCUGCAACAGCGGCAACACCUGCAUUGAUUUUUGCAGCAACAGCUGCAACAGCGGCAACCCCUGCAACAGCUGCAUUGAAUUUUGCUGCAACAGCGGCAACACCUGCAACAGCGGCAACCCCUGCAACAGCUGCAUUGAAUUUUGCUGCAACAGCGGCAACCCCUGCAACAGCGGCAACCCCUGCAACAGCUGCAUUGAAUUUUGCCGCAACAGCGGCAACCCCUGCAACAGCGGCAACACCUGCAUUGAUUUUUGCAGCAACAGCUGCAACAGCGGCAACCCCUGCAACAGCUGCAUUGAAUUUUGCCGCAACAGCGGCAACCCCUGCAACAGCGGCAACACCUGCAUUGAUUUUUGCAGCAACAGCUGCAACAGCGGCAACCCCUGCAACAGCUGCAUUUAAUUUUGCCGCAACAGCGGCAACCCCUGCAACAGCGGCAACACCUGCAUUGAUUUUUGCAGCAACAGCUGCAACAGCGGCAACCCCUGCAACAGCUGCAUUGAAUUUUGCUGCAACAGCGGCAACACCUGCAACAGCGGCAACCCCUGCAACAGCUGCAUUCAAUUUUGCUGCAACAGCGGCAACCCCUGCAACAGCGGCAACCCCUGCAACAGCUGCAUUCAAUUUUGCCGCAACAGCGGCAACCCCUGCAACAGCGGCAACACCUGCAUUGAUUUUUGCAGCAACAGCUGCAACAGCGGCAACCCCUGCAACAGCUGCAUUGAAUUUUGCCGCAACAGCGGCAACCCCUGCAACAGCGGCAACACCUGCAUUGAUUUUUGCAGCAACAGCUGCAACAGCGGCAACCCCUGCAACAGCUGCAUUGAAUUUUGCCGCAACAGCGGCAACCCCUGCAACAGCGGCAACACCUGCAUUGAUUUUUGCAGCAACAGCUGCAACAGCUGCAACAGCGGCAACCCCUGCAACAGCUGCAUUGAAUUUUGCUGCAACAGCGGCAACACCUGCAACAGCGGCAACCCCUGCAACAGCUGCAUUGAAUUUUGCUGCAACAGCGGCAACCCCUGCAACAGCGGCAACACCUGCAUUGAUUUUUGCAGCAACUGCAACACCUGCAACAGCGCUGCAACAGCUGCAACAGCUGCAACAGCGGCAACAGCUGCAACAGCAGCAAGAGGGUGACUCUGGCAGCCCUCUGGUGUGUGACGGAGAGGUGCACGGCCUGGUGACAUGGGGUCAGGGAUGUGCCGAGCCAAACUACCCCGGGGUCUACGUCAAACUGUGUGAGUUCCACUCCUGGUUUGAAGAGGUCCUGGCAGCAAAUCCCUAA